GACUCUUCGUUUCUGCUCCAGGGGCUGACCAGAAAGUCCACAAUGGCGAAAAACCGAGAGAAAUUCAUCCCGGACUCGCCGAUCCACAUACCCAGACCGAGUUUCUUCAUCCCGUCGUCGCCCGACAUGCCCUGCGACAGCCAGCGCAUGUGGUGGGCUUUCCUCGCCUCCUCCAUGGUCACUUUCUUUGGGGGGCUCUUCAUAAUCCUGCUGUGGAGGACCCUCAAAUAUCUGUGGACCGUGUGCUGCCACUGCAACUCCAAAAAGAAGGAGGCCCACCGCAUCACCACAGGUGACGGCAUUAAGCGUGCGGACAAAGAUGACGCCAUGGCAAGCGAAGUGGGCUGGAUGACCUCGGUGAAGGACUGGGCCGGAGUCAUGAUAUCCGCUCAGACGCUGACAGGAAGAGUCCUGGUGGUGCUCGUAUUUGCACUCAGUAUUGGAGCCCUUGUAAUAUACUUCAUCGAUUCUUCAAAGCCCAUUGAGUCCUGCCAGUACUUCUACAAAGACUACACUCUGCAGAUCGACAUGGCAUUCAACGUGUUCUUCUUGCUUUACUUCGGCCUGCGUUUCAUUGCUGCUAAUGACAAGCUGUGGUUCUGGCUGGAGGUGAACUCGGUGGUGGACUUCUUCACCGUUCCCCCAGUGUUUGUUUCCGUGUACCUGAACAGGAGCUGGCUGGGUUUGAGGUUUUUAAGGGCCUUAAGGCUGAUACAGUUCUCAGAAAUUUUACAGUUUUUGAACAUACUAAAAACAAGCAACUCGAUUAAACUGGUCAACUUGUGUUCGAUCUUCAUAAGCACAUGGCUAACGGCAGCCGGGUUCAUCCAUUUGGUGGAAAACUCAGGGGAUCCUUGGGAAAACUUCCAAAAUUCCCAAGCGCUUUCCUACUGGGAAUGUGUCUACUUGCUAAUGGUGACCAUGUCCACUGUGGGCUACGGAGACGUUUAUGCAAAAACAACCCUUGGCCGCUUGUUUAUGGUCUUCUUUAUCCUUGGUGGUUUGGCCAUGUUUGCAAGCUACGUCCCUGAAAUCAUAGAGUUAAUAGGAAACCGCAAGAAAUACGGUGGUUCCUAUAGUGCGGUUAAUGGGAGAAAGCACAUUGUGGUCUGCGGUCAUAUAACACUGGAGAGUGUGUCAAACUUCCUAAAAGACUUCCUACACAAGGACAGGGACGAUGUCAAUGUAGAAAUUGUUUUUCUCCAUAAUAUUUCCCCUAAUCUUGAGCUGGAAGCCUUGUUCAAGCGUCAUUUCACCCAAGUAGAGUUUUACCAAGGAUCUGUCCUAAACCCACAUGACCUGGCCAGAGUCAAGAUUGAAUCAGCUGAUGCGUGCCUGAUCUUAGCCAACAAAUACUGUGCUGACCCCGAUGCUGAGGAUGCUUCCAACAUUAUGAGGGUGAUAUCUAUCAAGAACUACCAUCCAAAGAUCAGAAUAAUCACCCAGAUGUUGCAGUACCACAAUAAGGCCCACCUUUUGAACAUCCCCAGCUGGAACUGGAAGGAGGGAGAUGAUGCUAUUUGCCUUGCAGAGCUGAAGCUUGGGUUCAUCGCCCAGAGCUGCCUGGCUCAGGGCCUCUCCACCAUGCUGGCCAACCUGUUCUCCAUGAGGUCCUUUAUCAAGAUUGAAGAGGACACGUGGCAGAAGUAUUACCUUGAAGGAGUAGCCAAUGAGAUGUACACCGAGUACCUUUCAAGUGCCUUUGUGGGUUUAUCCUUCCCGGUAAUUUGCGAACUCUGCUACGUGAAGCUCAAAUUGCUCCUGAUAGCCAUAGAGUACAAGUCGGACCAACGGGAGAGCAGCACGCUGAUCAACCCUGGCAACCAUGUGAAAAUGCAGGAGGGGACGUUGGGCUUCUUCAUUGCAAGCGACGCCAAAGAAGUAAAGAGAGCGCUGUUUUACUGCAAGGCCUGUCACGAUGACAUAACCGACCCCAAAAGAAUAAAGAAAUGUGGAUGCAAGAAAUCUAAAAAUAGCUAUAACGGAUAUAUCAAAUCAAUUGAAGAGGACCAACAGUCUGCGCUCUCUCCCAAAAAGAAGCAACGCAAUGGCGGCAUGAGAAAUUCCCCAAACUCCUCACCCAAGAUAAUGAGACACGACCCGCUCCUCAUCCCAAGCAGCGAGCAGAUUGAGAGCAUGGACGAGAACGUAAAGAAAUAUGACUCAACAGGGAUGUUUCACUGGUGCCCGUCCAAAGACAUCGAGAAGGUCAUUCUGACCCGAAGUGAAGCAGCCAUGACUGUUCUGAGCGGACAUGUGGUCGUGUGCAUAUUUGGAGAUGUAAAAUCGGCACUGAUCGGUCUCCGUAACUUUGUAAUGCCUCUGAGAGCGAGCAACUUCCACUACCACGAGCUGAAACACAUCGUGUUUGUCGGUUCCCUCGAGUAUCUGAAGAGAGAGUGGGAAACUCUACACAAUUUCCCAAAAGUAUCCAUCCUACCUGGUACGCCGCUGAGCAGAGCAGAUCUGAGGGCUGUCAACAUAAACCUCUGCGACAUGUGUGUCAUCCUGUCAGCCAAUCAGAACAAUAUUGACGAUGCAUCGCUGCAGGACAAAGAGUGCAUCUUGGCAUCGCUCAACAUCAAAUCCAUGCAGUUUGACGACAGCAUUGGGGUCUUGCAGGCCAAUUCUCAAGGUUUCACACCACCGGGGAUGGAUAGGUCUUCUCCUGAGAACAGCCCAGUCCAUGGAUUAGUAAGGCAGACCUCCGUCACAACUGGAGCAAACAUUCCCAUCAUAACAGAACUAGCACCGUUAGCAAAGCAAGGCAAAAAAGUGCCUGCGAUUUCAUUCAGUCAGGAUAAAAGCAGUGGGACCAGCAUACAAAUGAUAACCGAGCUGGUUAAUGACUCCAACGUUCAGUUCCUGGACCAAGACGACGACGACGACCCAGAUACGGAGUUAUACCUCACUCAGCCGUUUGCCUGUGGAACGGCAUUCGCAGUCAGUGUGCUGGACUCUUUAAUGAGCGCUACAUACUUCAAUGAUAACAUCCUCACCUUGAUCCGGACGUUGGUAACAGGCGGGGCAACGCCAGAGCUUGAGGGGCUACUGGCCGAGGAAAAUGCAUUACGUGGUGGCUACAGCACGCCACAGACUCUGGCGAACAGGGACAGGUGUCGUGUGGCACAGCUGGCCUUGUAUGACGGGCCCUUUGCUGACCUCGGGGAUGGUGGUUGUUAUGGUGACCUGUUCUGUAAAGCCCUGAAAACAUACAACAUGUUGUGUUUCGGCAUCUAUCGAUUGCGAGAUGCACAUCUAAACACACAAAGCCAGUGCACCAAACGGUAUGUCAUAACCAAUCCACCGUAUGCAUUUGAGCUGGUGCCCUCUGACCUGAUAUUCUGCCUGAUGCAGUUUGACCAUAACGCCGGCCAGUCUUGGACCAGCCUUUCACACUCAUCUCAUUCUUCACAUUCUUCGAGCAAAAAAAGCUCCUCCGUCCACUCUAUCACAACUGCAAACCGAACCAAUCGUACCAAAAGCAGGGACUCGCGAGACAAACAAAAUGCAACAAGGAUCAAUAGAGUUGGGCAAGAAAAGACAUGGUUUAUAGAUGAGCCAGAGAAAACCCACCUGAGGACCCUGCAGAUCAAUCCUGUGAAUACUCUCGCCAUCAACCAAGUUGGUCAGAAACAACCCACGAGCAGCUUGAUUCAGCCCAUCAGAGAAGCGGAGGACGAGUGCUGACAGCUGGACCCGGGACUCCCAGAGAGGACUGGCUGUGUAAGGCUGUCAGCCUGGAACUCGGGACAUCUCAUCUGCAAACAUAAAUCAUCACACUUUAAACGAAACAAGAACUGCUUUCUCCUUUUUUUCCCACUUCAGCUGCAAAUUCAUAUGAGGUUUUUUUAUUUUAUUUUUUCAAAACAUGACAAUCAGUCAAAUGUUGCCACCAGUCAGCUAUAGUUUGCACAAUCAGUUUGUAAAAGUGACCAGUCUCUUCCUCUAUUAUUCACUUCAGAGUUAUGUAACAAACUAUAAGAGGACCAGAGCGUAAUACCUUCAUUACUAGACAUUUCAAACUACCGUAAUUUCCGGACUAUUGAGCGCACCUGAAUAUAAGCCAC